AUGAGCUUCUUACACGACCCACCUAGGGGCCAGCCAGUCCCAGUGUUUAGAAUCAACCUAUCACUCCCUCCAGAAGAACGCUAUGUAUCACUCGCACGACUCUACAAGGAGAAGGCGCGAGCUAUGACAGGCAUAUUUGACGACGUGAUCCAUGAAAUAUCCCCGAAGAUUCCUACAAGUCUAGUUCACUGGCUCGCCUGGCUAUUUCUACGAGGAUUAUACACAAGCGAAGAGACAGCUGAAAUCCGAGGAAUUAGCCAUGAAACCGGAAUCGAUCUUUACUUGCUGGUGUCUUUGAAUGUCGUUCUAGAUUUACUGAUGGGAUGCACCAGUGGUGGUGUCAGAGUUGGAGAUGGUGCAGAUACUAAGAUGGUGCAUUUUCGAACUCUGGAUUGGGGAAUGGAUCCACUGCGAGAUCUUGUUGUGCAACUGGAGUUUAUCAAGGAGGAAGCCCCCGACAAGGUACUUGCAACCAGCAUCACAUAUGUUGGCUUUGUUGGUAUUCUCACGGGUGUUCGGAAAAACCUAAGUGCUUCACUCAACAUGAGAGCUGUGCAUGAUUCUCGGCGGAAUACAGCCUUCUACUUUAACCAUCUCUUGGUAUUAUUGGGGGUUCGGCAGUCUAUUUCAUCAUUACUUAGACAAAUCAUUCUACCUGGGCCAGACAAGCCUCAUGAUCAACUUUCGAAUGCUUCCACGAUUGAUGAAAUUAUCGCCAAGGUUCCAGGUAUUUCUACCACGGCUGCCUACCUCAUCUUCUGCGAUGGAACUACGAGUUUGACGUUGGAAAAAGACCUUGGCUCUGCAGUGAUUCGCUCUUCUAAUUCCUUCGUCAUUACAACAAACCAUGAUCAAGAGUCCAACUUUACCACUACUGAAGUCACGGAGGAUGAAGGAGGACACACAGGUCUGCGAUUAGCUGGCGCCGAGCAAACGAUAGGAGAGUUCAUCGAUGAAAGCAAGACACGCCAGGCUUGUAUGCAGAAGAAAUGGGAUCGCCAGGUACAGAAGCAGAAUUCUACUCAACAGGGACUAAAGAAAAGAGUCAACAGAGACAAAGCUCCUGAUCGAAAAGCACAUUCAAUGCAAUUGAGACAACGGCAGGACAUGCCGAGUGGCACGGAGCCAAGUCCUGAGCCCGAGAUAUCUAUCACACAGGACACAGCGCUCCGGUGGCUUUGGUCAUACCCGAUUGUCAAUGAAGACACCCAUUAUGCUGUGCUUAUGGAUCCAGUGGAAGGCAGCUUUAUCUAUACUGGUCUGUUUCCAGUGCUCCGAGAAGGGGAUGACAGGGAAGAGAACUAG